GUUUUCGAUUCCAUAUUUUCCCACGCGGAUUUUCACGAUGAGUGUUCCAGCUUUCAUCGAAUUACCCGAAAAUGAACAGGUGCUGGAGCUGAGGAGUUACUUGAAGGGACUCGGGGCUGAGAUUUCAGAGGAGAGCUCAGCAGCAGGUUACAUUACAGAUAUAGUACAGCUUGUUAGCGCAUCUGAGAAAUGCUUCACAGAGGCUAGUAAUGACACAGAUAUUGAGAGUGUGUUCAAUAGUAUAAUCUCAUUGAUCCUGAUUGUUCCGUCAGACAACAGCGAGGACCUCAUUAUCUCUUUAUGUGAAAAACUAGCAAAGAUUCCACCAGGUGAUAAGCAAAGGGGACCUAUCAGAACACGCCUAUUACAGAACCUGUUUAAUGGACUAGAUGAGAGGUCACCAGGGAGAUAUGUUGUCUAUUACAGUCUUGUGAAAUUAGCAGGUCAAACCAAACAGAUAGAGGCAAUACCACAUGAUCUAACACAGAUCAAGAAAUGGGUGGCUCAAUGGGACGUCUCUACUGAAAAAGUUCAACAGCUUCUAAGAGCUCUUCAUGAUGCCUUCGUUGAAUGCAAACAAACUGAUAAGGGGACGAAGACUAUGAUAGAGUUACUAGGUACAUACACAGAAGAUAAUGCUUCACAGGCAAGAGAUGAUGCACAAAGAUGUAUAGUGACAUCACUGAGAGAUCCAACCACCUUCCUACUAGACCAUCUACUCACAUUGAAGCCUGUUAAAUUCUUAGAGGGAGAACUCAUACACAAUCUUCUAACAAUAUUUGUGUCUGGGAAAGUGAGCGACUACCUCCAGUUUUACCAGACAAACACAGAUACAGUCAACUCAUUAGGUUUACGUCAUGAAGACAAUCUAAAGAAGAUGCAGAUCCUAACCUUUAUGCAGAUGGCAGAGCAAAACAAGGAGAUUGACUUCGCCACCAUUGAGCAGGAGAUGAGACUAGGCCCAGAUGAUGUCGAAAGCUUUAUCAUUGAAGUUGUAAGGACUAAGGCUGUCAGAGUAAGGAUGGACCAGGUGCUCUCGCAGUACGUUUACUUUAGUUGUGCCAAAGGACAAGUCUAUGUGGUAACGGGUAAACAAGUUAUGCAACGUAUAAUGUUUGUGAAAGCGGCAUUACUUUUUGCUGUGAUUAACGUGGUAUGCUGCAUUACAGUACGGGAAAUGCAGUGUCCUGCUAAUCGGGUACUUUCAGCAGUGCAGAGUGUAAUGGCGACGGGUCUAACUGCGGGAAAAGUGAACAUAUAUAUGUGCUGCCCAACUGGCUACGCGGCACUUUACAUCGACGGCGCGGGUGGUUUUUGCUGCCCAGCUGGAUCAGGUGCCCGUUGCUUGAGUCGAAGGUGUAAUUGUUUUGAUGGUGAAAUUAAAAGCCCAUCGGCUCCGGUUGUGGUAAAACAUGAUGUUUAGCACACUUAACAACAAUACGAAUUUGAGGAACAAUGCCACGCUGCCACUUUUAGAAAUAAAAUAAAGGAGUGAUGUCGAUAUGGUGAACUUUUUGAACACACGUUUCUCUUCAACCAUUCAUCA